AUGUCCUGCCAACAAGGCGUAUAUCCAAAUUGUACAUUACCGCCUGAACUCCUCGACAACAUCACCGAAUAUCUUGACUACGAUAAAGACACACUCUUCUCUCUUGCCCUUGUGUCCAAAUCGUGGUCACCGCUCGCUCAAUCUCGUCUAUUCGAUCGAAUACGUAUCAGACCCUCGCUUCAGCACGAGAUUUGUGGCAGGGUCCUCGCCUGCAACGCGACUGCGUGUCAUAUUCGACAUGUCGCUUUCAUUUUCACUGAAGAUCUCAAAGGAGAUGGUUUGGAAGAGGUGGUGGAGCGGAUGAAGAACUCGAGUGUGUUAAAAAGUUUAACGAUUAGCUUCUACCGCCCAAACUUUAACCCACACCGACGCUUUUUCGACUCUCUGUCGACGUCAGGAUCUUUCUCUGGUAUUGUUGAACUCCACGUAGCGUUUAAAGGGGACAUUUUGCAAGAUAUGAUCCGUUUCGUUUGUUCGUUCCCCCAGCUCAAAACUUUGGGCGGGAAUUUUUGCCCAGCAACUCUCUCAAAAGACCCACAAACGGACUCGGGGAGUAUCGUGGCCUGCGUUCUCCCAGUGUCCCUCGAAGCACUCCAUUUGAACGCUCCCUACCAGUUGAAAGCGCUCGAUUACCUCGAGAAAUGGCUAGCGUUACAUCAUUCACGAGGAGUCUCCGAGUUCUCCGUUUACAUGAACCGGAUCAGAAAAUUCCAACCUUACGCCACACCCUUUUGCUCAGGCAAUUUCACCUGA